AUGUCAACAUCACCGAGCCAUCAACCCGCAGCAAAUCCUAUCCAAAUCCUCUAUCAACAACCGUCAUCACGUUGGAACCUCUCUGAAUAUAUCAUGAAUAUCAUUAAGAACAUCGUCCAGAAGCUCCAGGAGCUUCCUGUUCCUCAGUGUCCUACCAAGCAAUACACCACAGGCUCCCAAAUUCUUGAGAUUAUUGACAAGGCAAAGCCCCACCGCAAAGUUGAGAUUGAGAACGACCCUAACGAUGAGGACAAUGACGUUAUAGGGGAGGUCUGCUGGUCUAAAAUCCGGAAGUCCCCUGUCUUGGAGGAAAACUUCUGGCCUAGCAUCCGAAAACACAUCCUCGCCGAUGAUCCCGACGCCAUACCCAUAAAAGCCAUAUGUACCAUCUGCUGGGACGAACUUCGAGUAACAUGUAUCUCCCCCGAUGACAAACUCGACUUCGGUUUUGUGGCGCCUUGCGGCCACAUCAUGUGUCGUGUAUACUGGCCACGCGAGUAUAACCCGUCGCACUCUCCCUUUCAAGACUGCCGCAAGUGCCCAGUUUGCCAUCUUUCACUUGCAUGUUUCCAUUGCCGUAAGGAUUGCGACAAGGUAGUGAUUCCCACGCAUGGUGGGAAGGCUGGUAUCGAGUCUUUUCCCGAGACAGGUCCGGAAUGCGGGCGAGAGUAUCGUCCUUGGUGUAAGGACUGUGCUGGGCCUGGAGAUGGUUUUUGGUUUGAGAAUAUUGAGGAGUGCGAGAGCACGGAUAGCUCUUCUGAUAGAAGUGUUCUACUUACUCUCCGUUGA